AUGAAAGCAGUCCACUACGAAGGUCCACACAAGGUUUCGGUGAAGGAAAUCGACCUUCCCAAGAUCCAACACCCGGACGAUGUGAUCGUCAAAGUGACCACUGCGGCAAUCUGCGGCUCAGAUCUGCACAUGUUCGAGGGACGCACGGCUGCAGAAAAAGGUCUUGUCUUUGGCCACGAGAACAUGGGGAUCGUGACCGAGACAGGCCCAGGCGUAACACUGCUCGAGAAAGGCGACAGGGUCGUACUACCUUUCAACGUGGCUUGCGGACGCUGUCAAAAUGACGAGGAAGGCCGGACAGCGUUUUGUACCGGCGUGAACCCGGGUUUUGCAGGAGGUGCAUACGGAUACGUUGCCAUGGGACCGUACCAAGGUGGUCAAUCACAAUACCUGCGGGUCCCAUUUGCAGACUUCAAUGCUUUGAAGCUGCCAAAAGGCACGGAACACGAGGCGGACUUUAUUUUGCUGGCUGACAUCUUCCCGACCGGUUGGCAUGGUCUCGUGCUUGCUGGUUUCAAGCCUGGCGAGAGCGUUGCAGUAUUUGGCGCAGGGCCUGUUGGCUUGAUGGCUGCGUACAGCGGUAUCCUUCGAGGAGCAAGCAAGGUCUUUGUUGUCGACACAGUCCCCGAGCGAUUAAAGCAAGCGGAAAAAAUUGGAUGUAUACCUAUUGACUUCAAGAAGAGCGAUCCUGUGGAGCAAAUCAUCCAAAUCAACAAUGGCAUGGUUGAUCGAGCUGUAGAUGCAGUGGGUUACCAGGCUGUAGACUCCUCAGGCAGCAAAGAGCAACCCAGCAUCGUUCUCGAGCAAUGUAUAGCAGUCACACGACCGACUGGCGGCCUGGGUAUACCUGGUUUGUACGUUCCAGCCGAUCCGGGAGCGCCGGAUGAAUCGAGCAAGUCGGGCAAGAUUUUAAUCUCCUUUGGCAAGCUUUUCGAAAAGGGCCUUACUGUGGGUACCGGUCAAUGCAACGUCAAGGCUUACAACAGGUAUCUGCGAGACAUGAUCAUCUCCGGUAAAGCAAAACCUAGUUUCGUUGUCUCGCAUGAGAUUGAGAUUGAUGAUGCGCCGACAGCGUAUGAGAAGUUUGAUCAAAGAAUUGAUGGGUAUACAAAGGUGUUGAUACACCCGAAUGGCAAGUUGGUCGACUGA